AUGGAUACAUUCCACAUGCUGCAGCUUCUUCGUAAUCUCACUAUCCGCGCAAUUCAUGCUAACGUCUGUCACCACCGCGACUAUGUGGCCACUGCCCAUUACGAUGCGACCCAACAACCCAUAGGGUCAGCUUGCAAUAGAUUUCUCACGAACACAGAGGAGCCGGAUCGGCCUGGAAGUCCUCUGUCGAUUAUAUCGGACUUUUACGAGAUUCGUGAGCCACUAGGCUCAGGCUCCUCGACAAAUAUCAAUGUUGAGGAUAGAUUGGCAUAUAGCAGAAGUGCAACGAUCUCUGAUGACAACACUUCACAAGACACUAUGGCAAGCCGUUAUAUUGGCAAAUCCUACUCUGACUCUGGAAAUUCAUACAGCAGUGUGAAAAGCCGGUCGACGAGAAGUCAGUCAUCAUCACCUUACUUGCCACGGCCGUUCGACGUGAUCAGAGACGACAGCCAGGUUUUCCAGGUAUUGAAUGGCACGUCUACGAGCUCAGAUAGUCAUAGGGCCGUUUUGGAACCUUGGGUACGGGUUCCCGGAAGCCGCUACGAUUUGUGCUCUCGCCAACCGAGUCUCAAUAUUGAAAGCGCCCUGUCCCAGGCCAUGGAUGAUGAGAUUUUCGACCAGAGGGAGCUACACUAG